UUCGCGCCUUCUGUCAGUACUUGACAAACCGGUGAGCUCUUAGGAUUCUUCAUUCGGGUUCUGCCAGUCUGUCUGUCUAUCUUCGGACCUUCAUCGCUUUUACUUGACUUAGGAUUUCGUUGGAGAUCCGUAGUCAGUUGAAAGGAGAACGAAUUCAGCGAGUGACGACGGGUAAUGAUCUAUCGAUCAUCUGAUCGUAUCUCCUACACGACGAAGACCGAUCUUAGCUGACUCAACCAAACGACGACCUUGAGAGCAAAAUGGUAACGAGGGCGGUACUACUACUCUUGCUGGUACUUCUCGGUGUGUUUAAUACACCCGAGAACAGCCAGCGCUUCGCGAUGGUCGGCGCCUCAUGUUCCACGUGCAGGAUGCACGAGGAACUCCGUGAACUCAGUCUUCAGGCAAUAAAAGAGCAGAUUCUGAACAAACUCGGUCUGAGGCAGGCGCCGAACAUGACAGGUCGAGCUCUCCCAAGGAUUCCGGCCCUCUCGAAGCUGAUGGAUAUGUACGGGAUGCAGUCCGAUCAACCGCAAUCAUUUGGACCUACGUACGAAGACGAUGAGUAUUCUGCGAAGACCGAGAGCGUAUUUGCUCUGGCACAGCCACAUCCGAGAAUGAGACAUUCGAAGAGCAAUCUGGACGUACUGUACUUUACAUUCACCGACAAGGUCUUGCAGAGUCGCGUCGUCAAAGCAGAGCUAAAUCUGUGGGUAUGGGGGGUCAAUUCGGACGGCGACUUACUCGAACUCGACAAUCAGGACGAAGGCCUGUUGACGAUCACGCUACAGAGAAUUUUGCGUGGCACGAGCGAGAACGGUGGAACCGCGAUGGGACCACCGCUCAUCACGAAGCACGCAAGACCUCAGGUACGACGAGGGGGAUGGAUCACGAUCGAGCUCAGGCGCAUGGUCGCCGAAUGGUUCAGACAUCCGCGUGACAAUUUAGGUGUCGCAGUGAAGAUCGCCGGUCCCGAUGGUCAUCGCAGAAGCCCGAACAAAUUGAUCGAGAUCGAUUCAAGCUCCGACCACGCGCCUUAUCUCGAGCUGCAAAUAGAGGAACUCGAGUCGCGUCAGAGAACGAGAGUCAAGAGGAACAUCGGCCUGAAUUGUGACGAACACACUCAGGAAAGCAGGUGUUGCAGGUACAAACUCACAGUGGAUUUCGAGAAGUUCGGCUGGGACUGGGUUAUCGCACCUAAAAAAUACGAAGCCAAUUACUGCUCGGGCGAGUGUCCGAUGGCGUUCCUUACGCUCUAUCCAAACACCCACAUUGUCAGUCUGGCAGACAAACCGAUGAACAAUACCGGACCGUGCUGUGCACCUAGAAAACUAUCUGAAAUUACGAUGCUAUAUUUCGACAACGAGUACCAGAUCGUGUUCUCGCGACUUCCCGGUAUGGUCGUCGAAAGGUGCGGGUGCUCAUAGUCCAUCUGCACAACAUGAACAAACACGCGCGCGGACAACAGGAAACGAUUUUUUCUCAUCCGAUAGACUGAAAGUGCCUUGUUCGAGGGAAUGGUGAUUGCGUGAUUGCGAAUCUCUUUGGAAGCGCGAAAGUGGGGGAAUCAGAGAGAGAAUGCUAAUGCGGGUGUUAAACAUACACACACAGGCGGACGGGAUUAUAGCAGGAAAUUCGGCGAUGGAUCUUCUGGGAAUAGGUCAAUGCGCUAUACACGUGGAUGCCGAAAUAGUUCAACGCGGCAGACCCAUUGUCUCGGGGAGACAAAUGGAUCUCUCGCGUUGGACUGUUUUCAAAAUCCGCGUGUAUAACACGUUGACCUACGCUCCCGGGAAGAUAAGUCUCUGCUGGCGGUUUCUGUUCUCGCGUGUCGGGAGAAAUAGCUUGAAGAUUCUCGAUGAUUCAUGGCAAGGCGGAUAGUUCCUAGAGUUACGAUAUUAAUUUUAAGAAACGUCGGUACACACGUUUGCAUCGAGUCUGCGAGAUUUUACUUCAAUAUUUAACAACUUGUACAAUUUUGUACUUUUUUUUACUUUUUUUUUACUUUUUUUUUACUUUUUUUUUUACUUUUUUUUUACUUUUUUUUUA